GCAAUCCUCACAGAAGGGUCUCACAUCAUGAGCAGCUUGUCCCACUUCUAAUCAACAAAAGAUUGUAAAUCUGCAGCAAAACCUUUGAUAUCUUCUGAAACAGACUCGAAAUAUACUGUUUCUGUGUCAAAAAGUCCAGCAGUUGAUAAGGCAUUUUUGUUGAAGACGGAAGAAUUGACAAACAACAAAGAUGCCAUCGAACAUGACCUCUGCCUGCGGAGAAGAAAAAUGGAAUAGCGAGCUGUCUCUUUAUGCAUUUUUUUAUGGAAUAAUUGUCAUUCCUGGGAUCUUGGGUAACAGUGUGGCUUUGUGGAUCUUAAUUGGGAACAUUAGAAGGGAGAAGAAGGCAAUAAUAUUCAUGAUAAACCUAGCCAUAGCUGAUCUGGCACACAUGUUGACCCUGCCCUUGAGGGUCUUCUACUAUAUAACUCACAGCUGGCCUUUUGGAAAAUUUAUGUGCUUAUUCUGCUUUUAUCUUAAGUUUGUCAACAUGUAUGCCAGCAUCCUAUUUUUAGUUUGCAUCAGCGUUCAGCGCUGUGUUUUCUUAAUCAGUCCUUUUAAAUACAGCACCUGGAAACGCAGGUACGAUGUGGCCAUCAGCAUUACCGGUUGGGUAAUUGUCAUUGUGAUGUGCCUGCCAUUCCCCAUCAUGCGGACCACCAAAUCAUUCAACGCCUCUCUCUGUUUUGCGGAUCUUCCCACGAAGCAGGUCAUGCUGCAAUCUUCCAUAUUCAUGCUUACAGCAGCAGAAUUACUGGGAUUUUUAGGGCCUCUAAUCAUCAUCGUUGUCUGCACUUGGAAAACUACAGAGUCUUUAAGGGUGAAGACAACGCUGUCCAAUAACCAAGGUGGAAAGAAGGCUUUAAAUUUACUGCUGAUGUGUGCAGUGGUGUUCCUGGUUUGCUUUGCUCCCUAUCAUGUACUGUUCCUGCUCAACCAGCUCAGAAAGAUGAAUGCCAUCACAGAUUGUUCGAUGAGGAUGAAUAUCUUGAUUCUGCAUUCGUUGUCGUUGUGUUUGGCAAGCAUGAAUGCCUGUUUAGAUCCAAUCAUCUAUUACUUUGUCACAAAUGAAUUUCGCGAGCAGUUGUCACGCACAGGUAGCUUCCUUCUGCGAAGUCGCCACUGGAGCAGAGAAAGCACCACCAGUCGGUAAUCUCUGAUGGUCUCAGACAUUUCCAUUUUAAGGCUCAGGGGUUACCUCUCACUCUCUGCCCUGUCUCUGUGCAGAAUGGCAGUAGACUUGUUAGAGACAGAAAUCAAUACAGUGGGCUGCCAAGUGGAAUGAAUUAUAUUUUCCACCUCAUGCAAGAAAGAUUGCAGCAAUUAGCUUUUCUUGCAAAUAGUACUUUAAUAAUUGGCAGAAAAAGGCUUCUUGUUUCCCUUAAGUACUUCAUACUCUCUCACUGUUAAGCUAAGAUCAAGAAUGCUUCUUCUGCACUGUUUACUUUAAGCUCAAAAUGUAAUGGUCACAGCUGCCAUAGAGUGUGGAAACACACACCUUACUCAGGUUAAAGCAACUGCUCAUUCUGGCAGGAAACUUCUUGAUAAAAUAGGCUACAAUAAUAAUUUCUAAAAGUCAUACUGGUGAUUUAUUUUUCCAGUGUAAUGCCAUGCACCAGCAGAUUUUCAGCUACUAUUAGAGUAGUUUACAUUUAGUGUGAGUAGUUGCUGAUAUUGACAGGUGGUUAUUCUGCAAUACUUGAAAUAGGAUGUUUAUUAUCAGUUAUGAACUCUUAUUUGCUAUGUAUAUAGGGUUAAAUAUGUUGAUAAUUUGAUAGCUGCAUGUCUCUUGCCACUGGUUUAGUGAUUUGCUCUUGUUAUUUUGCACUCAACAAAUGAGUUAUGAUGCAAUCAAUUAGAUAUUAAUAUUUCUGAUAUGCAAAAAGUUUAAGCUACAAGGAAGCCACCACAAAACAAAUUUUGCCUCUUUUUUCCAUCAUCUGCAUCAUAAAAUGAUAUUUUUGAUAUGUCCCACUCUAGUCCCAAACUGAAAGAGCAUGUGGGUGAACGAAAUUAACCUGCUACAGUCUCAAUAGUUUCCUCACUGAAGCAACAAUGAUCAUAUUUCCAGCAACCCCAUUGAAAUGAGGUCCUAUGGGGUGACUGCUACAACUAUGCCUUUAAAUAUUUAAUGACAGAUAAAGAGGAGCCAGUGGGAAGCUGGGAACAGACAGUGAAAUGCGUCAUUUGCAUCAAUGACCCAACAAGUAUGUAUAUGUGCUGGGGAGGGGGGUGGCAGCCUGCAAGAAUCACCAAACUUUGGCACCAACAUAACAUACCCACAGUUUACUAGCCUGAGCCUGUACAUCUUUGGCAUGUGGAAGGAUAUUAGAGCAUCUGGAGGACUCCCGUACAGUCCCAGGCAGAGCACACAAACUCCUUAAAGACAGUGUCAGGAAUUAAACUCCUAUCACUGAUCAUUAGCACUGUAAAGUGUUACACUGAUUGCUACAUUACUGUGCUUAUGUGCCCUGCUGAAUUUACAGUAAAGUUUGGGUAUUGGGCUGGUAAGUGUGCAUUAGCCCAUCUGGGCAUUGGCAAAAAAAUUCCACUGAAAAUGGUGUUUCCUGGACUUCUGACCAGAGCUGGAAUUGUAUCAUUUAAUGGUAAAUCAAUGUAGAACUGGAUAGAAUGUGUAGCACAGAAACAAAAAUUUGUUUCCAUUGAAGGAGAAGGCACAUGCCUAUGUAUUUUCAUUCCACGUAUUCCUUCUUACCUUCUAACAUUCCCCCCACACAUCCUCCACCACUUACUUUCACUAAUCAAUAUGGAGCAUUUCCCAAGAGUUAAAUGUUCCAAUGGGGGAGAAGUUGAUUUGUAAAAUAAGAUACAGGAGAAUCAGGGAAUCAGUGCAAAAUCCCCUUUAAGUUACAGGCACAUCUGCUGGUUUCCCUAUAGCUAAGCUAUCAAGAGAUGUAAUGGUAGGAGUGGGGAAGAAACAAGCAAUAAGACCAGGACUGGAGCCAUUGAGUCCGCUCUGCUAUUCAGUCACUCUGAAGCCCAUUUUCCUGCCUUCUCCCCAUAUCCCAACAACCCCUGCUUUAAAUCACUUGGUCUCAACAGCCACCUUUGGUAAUCAACUCCACAUAUUUACCACCUUCUACCUGAAGAAAUUCCUUCUUAUUCCUGUUCUAAAGGGAAAUGCUUCUUUUGGAGGCUGUGCCCACUGGUCCUCGGCUCUUAUUAUUGGAAACAUUUCCACCCUAUCUAAACCCUUCAAUAUUUGGUAGGUUCCAAUGAAUACCCCUUCACUUCUAUUCUCGAGCAAGCACGUGCCCAGAGGCAUCAAAUGCUCCUCAUACCCUUAACAUUUUCAUUCUUGUAAACUUCCUCUGUUUCCUAUCCAAUGGCAGCACAUAGUUUUAUAGAUAUGGGGUACAAAACUGCUCACAAUACUCCAUAUAUGGUCUGACCUCAAAUAAAGCCUCAGCACCCCAUACAACCCAUAUAACAUAGUCCUCUCAAAAUGAAUUCCAGUAUUGCAUGUGCCUUCCUUACAAUGAACUCCACCUACAAGUUAACUUUUGGAAAAUCCUGCAAUAGAUCUCCCAAGUCCCUUUGCAACUCGAAUUUCUGAAUUCAGUCUCCAUUUAGACAAUAGUCUCUGCCACUGGAGUACAUGACCAUACACUUCUCUACACUAUAUUCCAUCUUCCACUUCUUUGCCCAUUCUCCCAAUCUCAAGUUCAAGUUCUUCUGCAGAUGCCCUGUUUCCUCAACAUUACCUGCUUCUCCACCUAAGUUUGUAUCAUCCACAAACUUGGCCACAAAGCCACCAAUUCCAACAUGCAGAACAUUAACAUUUAGUAUGAGAAGUACCGACCUCUGUGGAAACAAUGUUUAUUUACCUAUAUUUACUAUACUCUGAGCAGGUCAGUACCUUAUUACUCCAGUAGUAAAAUGAUCAGCAUAUAAACUUUAAGCACUUCAACCAAAGUGUUAGGGUGUGUUCUGGAGUUACGGAAUAUAGAAAAUAUUAACUUCAACAGCAACCAGACUUCAGAUCUGAAUGUGGAUUGUAGAUUGAAUUUAAAAUGCAGCUCAGAACAAUGGUCAUUUCGGAGCUGCAGACUGCGGUCGACUGAAAACCAGGAAACACUCCAUUGAUUUGAACUGUCUGCAUAUACAUGAAGGCAGCUCAGAGACAGCGGUGAUUAAUGUUCAGUUUAGGGUGUCUGGAAUGUAGGUGUGAAGAUCUAGGUGUUUGAAAAUCACAUGUAACUUAACUGAAGCGUUAUGAAUGCAUUGUAACUAUAGAAUUGUCCUGCUGUUACUUUUAAGCUUUAGCAGCUAAAAAUGUCAUGUAAUGUCAUGAUUCAUGUAAUUGAAUCAGGGAGCCUCUCUCCAGAGUGACUCCAAAUACUGUCAGCUUGUGUGUGCCGAAUAAAUACUUUUAUACU